AUGCCCGGGCUGCGCCGGGACCGCCUGCUGACGCUGCUGCUGCUGGGCGCGCUGCUGUCCGCCGACCUCUACUUCCACCUGUGGCCGCGCGUGCGGCGCCGGCUGCGGCCCCGCGAGCGCCCGCCGAGCUGCCCGUGCGCGCGCCGCGCCGCCGCCCCGGAGCCCCGCGCGGCCGCGCACAACUUUUCCCGGGCCCCGCCGGGCACCGAGCGCGACCGCGGUGACCCCGGCGGCCCCAGCUCCAAGCUGCAGGCCCUCUUCGCCCACCCGCUGUACAGCGUCCCGGAGGAGCCGCCGGAAGACUGGCUCCUGGCCGGCCCGGAGGCGCUGCGCUACUACCGGAGGAAGGUGGCCCGCUGGAACAGGCGACACAAGAUAUACAAAGAGCAGCUGAACCUCACCUCCCUGGACCCCCCCGUGCAGCUCCGCCUCGAGGCCACCUGGGUCCAGUUCCACCUGGGAAUCAGCCGCCACGGGCUGUACUCCCGGUCGAGUCCUGUCGUCAGCAAACUGCUCCACGACAUGAGGCACUUCCCCACCAUCAGUGCAGAUUACAGCCAGGACGAGAAAGCCUUGCUUGGGGCGUGUGACUGCACCCAGAUUGUGAAGCCCAGUGGGGUCCACCUCAAGCUGGUUCUGAGGUUCUCGGACUUUGGGAAGGCCAUGUUCAAACCCAUGAGACAGCAGCGAGAGGAAGAGACGCCCGAGGACUUCUUCUACUUCAUUGACUUCCAGAGACACAACGCCGAGAUCGCAGCCUUCCACCUGGACAGGAUCCUGGACUUCCGGCGGGUGCCACCAACAGUGGGGAGGCUAGUCAAUGUCACCAAGGAAAUCCUAGAGGUCACCAAGAAUGAAAUCCUGCAGAGCGUUUUCUUCGUCUCUCCAGCCAGCAACAUGUGCUUCUUCGCCAAGUGUCCAUACAUGUGCAAGACCGAGUAUGCAGUCUGUGGCAACCCCCACCUGCUAGAGGGCUCUCUCUCCGCAUUCCUGCCGUCCCUCAACCUGGCCCCCAGGCUGUCUGUGCCCAAUCCCUGGAUCCGCUCCUACUCGCUGGCCGGAAAAGAGGAGUGGGAGGUCAAUCCUCUGUACUGUGACACAGUGAAGCAGAUCUACCCGUACAACAGCAGCGACCAGCUGCUCAACGUUAUCGACAUGGCCAUCUUCGACUUCCUGAUCGGAAAUAUGGACCGUCACCAUUAUGAGAUGUUCACCAAAUUUGGGGAUGAUGGGUUCCUUAUUCAUCUUGACAAUGCCAGAGGGUUUGGGCGACACUCCCAUGACGAACUCUCCAUCCUCUCGCCACUCUCCCAGUGCUGCAGGAUAAAAAAGAAAACGCUCUUGCACCUGCAGCUGCUGGCCCAAGCUGACUACAGGCUCAGUGACGUGAUGCGGGAGUCACUGCUGGAAGACCAGCUCAGCCCCAUCCUCACAGAGCCCCACCUCCUCGCCCUGGACCGGAGGCUCCAGGCCAUCCUAAGGACCGUGGAGGGGUGCAUAGCGGCCCACGGAGAGCAGAGUGUCGUAGCCGGUGGCCCAGCAGAACAGGCAGCCCCGGACUCCGGCCAGGCUAACCUGACAAGGUAG